UAGCUUAUCCGACCAGCAGCCAAAGUGCAAGUGUUGUUCUCCGUACCGUCCACUAAGUGCAGUGCUCGAAUCCUUCCAUUCACGAUGGUCGCUAAGCGUUGUUUCCUGGUUGCCGCGUUGGCGGUGGUUGCCUUCGGUGCGGUGGCAUACGCCGAUUCGGGCAAGGAGGAAUCGGCCAUGAUCAACCUGAUCAAUGAGAUCGACAACGAGCCCCGGUUCCCGCUGUUCGGUGGGCUCGCCGUGGAGCGAUCGAACGACUACGAGGUCCGUGCCUACGGUGCCCGCUCGAACGAGGACCUUGCCGAACGGGCGGUCCGCUACCUUGCCUCGCACACGCUCAAGUUCAGCGUUCCGUCCGAGGAGAACACCGUUGAAGAAGCUCGCAGCAGCCGCCUGAAGAAGAUGCUGUUGCCUCUGCUGCUGGCAAUGAAGCUGAAGAUGGCCGUCGUGCUGCCCAUCCUGUUGGCCAUCGUUAAGUUCAUCUCGCUCAAGGGUCUGAUCGCCGGUCUGAUGGCUCUCAAGUUCUCCAUCUUCACCGUGCUGAAGGAUCUGUUCCAGAAGAAGCAGGAGCGCGUGACCACCGCUUACAUCACCAGCGCUCAGCCCGUCAACGCCGAGAUCGUCCACCAGGACUGGAACCGCAACGGACAGGCUGCCGCCCACGAGCUGGCCUACGGUGCCUACCCGUACGCUUCCAUUGCCUAAGGACCAAGAACAGGAAAUCGGUCCAGACCGUUCCUAGUUCACUCAGCUACCAUCCAGCAACCAAAACGCUGCACCAAUGAGACGACGACGAGGAGCCUUUAUUUAUUUGCUUAAUUUUAAUAAUUUAUUGAUCGAACACGGCCCUUCCGCACGCCCCUGCUUGAUGUGCUACCGGCACACCGAUGGUGACUGUCAAUGUAUGGAUGUGUAAAUAAAAGGCGUACAGGCAAAUGAAUACCCUCAUUGUGUGUGCUUAUGUGU